GCCAGCCUCAGCAUUAGGAAAAGUGAAUGAAGAUAUUCACCAUUACUCCAAAAUCACAACAACAACAACGAACGAUGUCUGCGAUUGAGCUGUUGGACGAAGAGCAGAUUUCGCUGGCACGUGAGUGCUUCAGCAUCUACGCGCCAACUGGCAAACUGCACAAGGACCAGUUGUUGACGGUGCUUCUCUCUCUCAACGCAAAUCCCACCCCACAAGAAGUCGAGGAGCUGUCUCAAGGGGCUGAGGAGUUGUCAUUGCCACAGUUCUUGGAGGUGUUGGCCAAGUGCCCUGGUCCAUUCCAGGCUCGUGAGGACAUCUUGGACGCGUUCCGCGCCCAUGACAAAGCAAACACUGGCACCAUUUCACAUGCUGAUCUGAAGUACAUCCUGAGUAACCUCGGAGACGGCCUUACACCUCAGGAGAUCUCCGACAUGUUGGCCGGAGAAGCGGAUCCUCUCGAUUACGAGGACUUUGUGGACAAAGUGCUGGCAUGAAGGCGUGGCUGAGCAUUGUCUCGUCGCGCGCACAUGUGUGUCUCUGUGUUUGUUUGUUUGUUUGUUGUGGCCUCACAGCCUUUUUUUUUCCGUUCAUAAAAGCCCCCUCGUUGCUGGUUGCUUGUUGUGUAUGGCAAUGCAACUCGAGGUGAUGUGUUGACAAAAGCAAACAAGCAUCAACGAUGAUGUGCGACGGUG